AAUGGCAAAACCAUCUGCAAAAGAGACUAGUGAUGGAAUAUUACAAUAUAUUACCCAACAAAAUAGACCGUACAGUGCAACGGAUAUUUUUAAUAAUCUCCAUGGAAAAUUUGGGAAAACGGCUGUUGUUAAAGCAUUAGAGAGUUUAGCAGCGGAUGGUAAGCUUGUUGAAAAGAUUUAUGGAAAACAAAAAGUCUAUGGACCCAAUCAGGAUUCUAUGCCGUCAAUACCCCCCGAUGAGUUGGUAAAGAUGAGACAGAAAGUGGCUGAACUACAAAGAGAAAAUGAAGAAUUAACCAAAAACGAAAAAAAGCUUGAUAUGCUUAUUUCUGAGAAAAGAAAUGCGAUUCCAACAAAUGAAUUGAAACAAAAAGUUCAAGACUAUCAAAAACAACUUCAAGAUAUAACCAAGAGGGUAGAUAGUUGCAAAAAUAAUCCAAAUGCAGUUUCAGCAAAGGAUAUGGAAAAAAUAAAGAAAGAAAGAAAUAAAUUUUUGGCAUUUUGGAGAAAAAGAAGACGUAUUGCUAAUGAUAUUUUGGAUGCUAUGUUAGAAAGUGGUGACAAAAAGAAGAGCGAAUUAAUGGAAGAACUUGGCAUCGAAACGGAUGAAGACUACAAUGUAAACAUACAGACAUUCACCGAAGUGUUUAAUAUGGAGUCAUCAUCCUCCGAGAGUGAUAAUGGCAUCGAAGAAAAGUUACGUAUGGCUGCUAUUACAAUAGAAUGCAUAGCAGAACCCGCUAAGAAUAAUGGCUCAAAAAGAAAACAAAAGAGUAAGGAGAACGAAAUCAGUUACCAAAGUGAAGAAAAGUCUUAUUUAGCUAAGAAAUUGGAGGAAUUAUUAGAUGAAAAAAUUAAGUAUGUUAGUAGUUCUAAAAACACGAAAAAGGAUAAGUCUGUUAAGAAGGAUAGUGGAGUUAGAAUAUAUCCAAAAGGACCAAAAGUAUUUAAAGUUAUAUAUGAUGAAGAAAUUCCGCAAAAGAGGAAAAAAAGAAAAUCAACAUCAACUUCUUCGUCAGAUGAUGAAAACCUUCUGAGAGAUGUUGCCGUUAGCGGAUAUGAUAUUUUAAAGCAAUCAAGUAUCAGUUGA